AUCCAGGUCAAGGGAGGAUUGAUUCCCGGUGGGGAAACGGGCUAUAGCCGGUAAAAUCCUAAUUACGUGUCUACGACCCAUUUGACAAAGAUAAGAAAAGAUUGGAAUUAUCCUGAAAACGGCCCGAUAUAUUCCCAACGGCACCCCCCCAUGUGCCUGUCACCGUAACGGAGUCCGGACCACAUGUUUCUGUUCAAAGCCAUAACCGCCUCAUCCAUUCUCCACCGUCCGAUCCACGAAACGAUUCCCUUCGUCUUCCCGAUUUACCCCUCUUCAGGCCCAACACAUUUCUCCUUCUCUCGACAGAAUAUAGACACAACUGCGUGACUGUGUGUUUUGCCUAUUACAGCUGAGAGAAUUACUACUGAGAAGAAAAAGAAAAAGAAAAAGAAAAAGAAAGAAUAUUAUUUAUUUAAAUCGAGGUUUUGUGUAAAAUGUAAGCAUAUUUAUGGGGAAAGAUAUUUAUAAUAGUUACACGGAAUUAUAUGUGAUUGUAUUAGAGUGAGUGAAAGAUAGAUAGAGAGAGAAAGGGGUAUCCGAGGAACGGGAAGCGUGGAGAGAUAUAGAGAGAGAGAAAGAGAAAGAUCAAAUGUUGUUGGCGGCCAUGGAAGAAGUUGGCAGAAACAACAAGGGAGGAGGAGGAGGCAGAAGGACUGAAUUUCGAGACAUGAAGAAGGAGUCGGCGGUUACUACUAUUUCCAGCUCCGGCGGUGCUAAGAAACGUAAAGUUGACGACGACAGCUCUCAGCUAAAUUCGGCGGAGAAAUUUUCCUUCGGGACUACUGCGGCGGGAGAAGAAGGCUCGGUUUCCACGGCUGACUCAACGUCGUCGUCUUAUUCGUCGGCGACGGCGUCCUCUUUCUGGAUUAACAAGAGUCAUGUGGAAUUGAGCAAGGAUCACGCGAGAUCCUCAGAUCUGAAGCCCCAGGAUUCCGUAACGGAAAUUCGAACGGUCGACAUCUGCAAAUUCAGGGAAACGAGUCCAGCCACGAGUGAGCUGUCAGCUGAAUUCAUGGAGUCAUCAUCUUCAACUACAACGUCUUCUCCGACGAAGAAGAAAUCCUCGCCGAGAAAUUCCGCUGCGGUCAUGCCUUCCUCCGCCGAGAUCGAAGAAUUCUUCGCCGCCGCUGAAAAGCUUGAACCGAAACGAUUCGCGGAAAAGUACAACUUUGAUAUAGUAAAGGACGUUCCAUUGGAAGGUCGAUACCAGUGGAUCCCUUUAAAGCCUUAAAUUCCAUGAUUUUAACCCUUCAGAAAAAGAAAAAAAUUGGAGAGGACUUUUAUUAGUACAGUUACUGCUAUUCUAUCCCAUAGCAGCAGUAGUAGUAAAGUAGUAGUAGUACUUUUUAUUUUUAACAUCAUUUACACGAGGAGCAUUCUCUCUCACUCACUUACUCACUCAACAAGCCGAUGAUUGUCUAUGUCAAUUUUUAAUUUUUCUUUACUUCUUGAUUUGCUUCUUCCAGAUUUUUGAUUUUGCUCUCACUGUUCAGAAUUCAGAUUAGCUUGUUUUUAGUUAAACCAUAGGGGAGGGGUCGGGGGAUUUGGACGUUGUGUAGACUGGUUUACUUAUAGUGUUUGUACAGUGGGUUUGUUUCCAUUUUUAUGUAAAGAUGGCUGGGGCUAUUUUGCGUACUCUGAUCUUUUGGAAUUUGUAUUGUUUCUCAUUUGUGUCUGCCACAUAUAAUUUAUCUCCUAUUCAGAAGCUUCUUUUCUACGACCUCUCUACUUUUGUCUAGGAACCCUCCUGCAAUUUCAUAAUUACACUACUUUGCCAGGUAUCUUUUUUUUUUUUUCAGUUGUUUUGAUGUAAUGAAGCUGAAUCUCUCCAGAUUCUCAUGCAUAUGAAUGAAUCUUGCUUUCUUACUGAUACAACAAGAGGGUGGUGGGAGUUUUGAUGAAUUAUGUUAAAGAAGAUGGUGGUUUUUGGGAUUGAAAAAUUCCAUUUCCAUUUUUUGUACUUAUUAUGGCCGGAGUGGCUGUCACGGAUCAGCUGGCAUUAUGCAUGCAAUUUUCGUCCAUUUUCGUUGCAAAGUAUUUUAAUCUUUUUCUUUGUAUCAACAAUUAUCACGAGAUGAUUGCAUUUGGAAGUAUCUCACUCCCAGCAUUGUACAUUUUGUACUUCAAUUUUGGAAGGCACAGAGAGUUUCACUGUAGGCUCUAUUUUUAUUAUCAUAGCUUGUGUGAUUGGUGGUGUGGAUGCUGAACAACUUAAUACACGUACGUACUACUUACUGUGAAUGAGGCCCUCAAAUCUGGUGGGUAUGAUUGAACUUUUUGAGUGUGUUAUAUUUGUGGGACAAUAGUAUUUUGUUGGGUCCAGACAUCGUUCAUUAAUCUGAAGCUUCUGUAUAUAUAUAUAUUUUUUUCGUUUGAAGCAAUACAAUUUUCCCAGAGAGAUCAAAUUCGAUUUAGACGUUGACCGCACAGACCAUGGAGGCAAAUUUUUAUGCACUUUCAAUUUGCUUGGAUAGCAAAUUCGCAAAUUCAUUUUGAUGAAAAGGAAUUGAAUAGAAUGUGAUCAUCCAGAGCAUAAAUUUGUUAACGUAUAAAUUUUCGAUAAUUGGAGAUUUAAGGAGUUCUCUUCUUUAUUAUUUGAAGGAGGGCUGAAACACGAG